AUGGAUCUAGAUACAGACGUCCUCAUCCUCGGCGCUGGCAUGUCCGGCCUCAACUUCGCCAUCCGCCUCCAACAGACCUACCCAUCAGCAUCCUACACAAUUAUAGAAUCCACCUCCGACUUGGGCGGAACCUGGUCCGUCAACACCUACCCCGGUUGUGGCUGCGAUGUUGCUUCACAUUUAUACUCUUACUCAUUUGCACUCAAACCGGACUGGUCUCAGAAAUUCGCGUUGCAGAGGGAAAUAUUGGAUUAUUUCCGAGAUGUUGCGAAAAGACAUGAUGUUGUGCACCAUAUUGAGUUUGAGUCAAGUGUUAAGAAGGCUGUUUGGGAUGAGACAUAUGGGGUGUGGGUGUCUGAUGUUUUGGAUAGGAAGACUGGUACCAUCAGGAAGGUUAGAAGUAGGGUAGUUGUUUCGGCUGUUGGGGCUUUGUCGAUACCGAGAGAAUGUGAGAUCGAGGGUGCGGAGACGUUUCGGGGUGCAAUGUUCCACUCAGCAAGAUGGGAUCAUGAGUUUGAUUGGGGUGGCAAGGAGGUUGUUGUCAUUGGCAACGGUUGCAGCGCAACACAAUUCGUCCCCAUUCUUUCAAAUGGAAGCACCACCAAAAACUACAUCACAAAACGCAGUCCUGUCAAAAAAGUAACCCAAUUCGCGCGUCAACCACACUGGCUCGCGGAAAGACCCAACCCGGUCUAUUCCCCCCUUUUCAAAUGGACCAUGUGCUACAUCCCACUUGUAAUGCGCAUGUACCGUCUUUGGCUUUAUGCAGACAUGGAAAAGGAUUUCUUCGGGUUUAAUUUGUCCAAGGGCGUCAAAAUUCGUCAAAAUCUGACUAAUGAGCGAUUGGAAUAUAUGAAACGCACAGCACCGGAAAAGUAUCAUUCUGCAUUGACGCCAACCACUGAAAUCGGCUGUAAACGCAAAGUCAAUGAUACAGAUUACUUUUCGUGUUUGCAUAAUGAUAACAUGGAGUUGGUAUGGGAUGAUCCUGUCGUUGCUGUCACAGAAACCGGGGUCAGGACAAAAUCUGGGAGGGAGGUUCGUGCCGACGCGAUUAUAUUAGCGAAUGGGUUUCAGACGCAAAAGGUGUUGUAUCCGCUGAAUACGGAGAUUAGGGGUGAAGGUGGUGUUAGUUUGGAUGAUCAUUGGCAACAAGUCUCUAAUGGCCAUCCGCAAGCCUACUAUGGUACCUGCAUCUCAUCGUUCCCCAACUUCUUCGUCAUGAUGGGUCCCAAUACUACUACGGGACAUUUGUCGGUCAUUUACUCAACAGAAUGUCAAGUUAAUUUCAGUCUGCGCGUACUGAAGCCUAUUCUCCGGAGACCUUCCGUACUCUCCUUGAGAGCUCCAUCGGCCAAACCAACGAGUGUCGCUGUGACACUCGCCGCUGAAGAGAAGGACAAUACCUGGAUUCAAACCUUAUCCAAGAAUCUAGUCUGGUCCUCGGGCUGUACGAGUUGGUACAUUGACGCCAAAACAGGACGAAACACCAUGCUCUACCCGGAUUGGCAAUUCAAUUUCUGGCUAAGAAGUAUUUUUGUGCCUGUUAAGCGGGAUUUUGUGUAUAAGCAAAGCCCGAAAGAUGUUGCAUCUGCACAGAAAGGUGGCAAGAAAAUUCAAAGAUUGGGGUUACAGUUACUGUGGAAUAGUGCGGUGUUGGCUUCUGUUGUUGGUGUGGUGGGAUUAGGGGCUGGGAUUGCGCGGGGGGAUAUCAAGGUUGAUGAAGUUGAUGAGUUGUGGAAGAGGGUUUCGAGUGAGUUUAGAGGGGUGAGUGAGGAGGUUUUUAGAAUAUUGACUGCCAAGGUAUAAUACCUAGAUAAUAUUCAUCAUAGCUGCUUAUGUUUUAUGCUAUACAUCAGAUAUCGAGGUCGUAAUUCAUCACUGUCAGUCCCAUUGGAGCGUCGCUACAUAAUAACAGCGUACCGACUAAUGCAACCUUCUCAAGGCCUCAAUCAUCUUCUGGACUGACUCCAAAUCAUAACCACUCCCAACAACGCCUAGUAUCUCUUCCUGAACAGGUCUAUCACAGUCUAAAAACCUCUCAAUAAGUUCUCCGUCAACAAAUCUGAAAGGCUCGUCGCCCUCACGCACAGACGAUCGGAAGGCCCUAAACUUGCUGAAUGGCAUGUAUCCUGGGGAAUCAACAUAAGCUGUGAUGGCUGUUUGGAGUCGCAUCAGGAAGU